UUUGGCUAGCUCGUCAUGUGAUCAAAAAAAAUGUCAACAUCAGAGACCAAUAUGAUAUGACAAGCAAAACCCUCCCUUUCUUUGUAAACAGCGUUUGAGGUUUUUAGCAGUGGGUUCUCGGAGUGAGUGGUUAAUGUCUAUCUAUUAUUUGGCUGUCACUGCAGAGGAUGGCUGUUUCCCACGCUGGCCAGUCCACCCUUGUACGCAGCUUAGCCACACUUCUGCGAAAUGAUGGUGACUUGGUGCUGGAUGGCAGUAGUACCUUGACUUUGCCAGCAGCCAGCUUGCAGCAGCUCAACAGGCUCUUUGAACAGCACUUGCUGUCCAGGAGCCAGCAGCAUGGCUUCCUGGCCUUGCCCUCCCACCCUGCCGACACAGACUCCCUGUUGCAGCUGCAAUUUCUGUUUGACAUCUUGCAAAAGACAGUUUCCCUCAAGCUCAUUAACUCACCAGAGGUGAGAAUUCAGUCUGUGGUGAAAAUCUUCCCAUUCAAAUCUCUGAAGUGUUUAGAGCUGAAGCGGAUUCCCCCACACUGUCUUGAGGGGCUUAGGGGAGUCUACUCCCAGUUGGAGGUCUUCAUCUGCUCAAAAAGUCUCAGCUCCUUGGAGGAGCUGCUGUCUCUGUGUGGGGGUGACCUGAGCUCUGCACUGCCCUGGCUGGAGCUGCACACUCUUAACUUCAGCUACAACUCUAUUGUCGCUCUAGACCAGUCAAUAAGUUUACUGAACGUCCUAAAAUCUUUGGAUCUAAGUCAUAACAAGAUUCAGGACUGUGCUGAUUUUCUUACGCCCUUAAGUGAGUUGGAACACUUGAAUCUAGGAUACAACUGCCUCCAGAGGGCGCCAACGUUGGGCCUGAGCGCCAGGUCCAAACUCAUCAUGCUCAUCCUCAGGAAUAAUGAACUGGAGACAAUAAAUGGUGUAGAGCAGCUGUCAUCCCUUCAGCACUUAGACCUGUCCUAUAACCUCCUGCUGGAGCAUUCUCAACUGGCUCCUCUCUCCCUGUUGCACUGCCUUAAGACACUCAACCUUGAGGGCAACCCGCUGUACUUCCAGAAGACCCACCGCACCUGCACCGUACGUCAUCUCUCGCCAAAGGCCGCCAGCCUUAAAGUCAAACUUGAUGGUAUCCAACUUUCCUCAUCUGAGUUAUCAGUUCUGCCCAAACCAGGACACCUGAGUGUCCAGGUCAAGACGGUCGCCCCGCCGCCAGAACGGAGCAAUUUAGAAGUGUCCAGUGGUGCCGGGGAACUUAGUGACAGCCAGUCGUUUGGAGACGUGCGAGUCUCGCACAUUCACAGGAAGAAAGUCAGGAGUAAAGUGAAGGUGCGUAGAGCCAGCAUAUCGGAGCCCAGUGAAUCCGAUUACGAGCCUAGAGCUUCCUCCACACCGAGCAUCGUCCUUGCUCACCAGCAGGAGAUUGAGCGCAUGUCUAACUUCAGAGAUCAGCUUGGGGAGGAUUGGUUGAGGUACCAACACCAUCUAGAUGGAGCCUCUACAUCUAGUGUCACCACCAGCGUCCACACCAACCAGCCAACCCUUCGCCAUCAGCCGCUCCUGAAUGGUCUCACCGGCACUGUGCCAUGUCCUUCCAGUAGUCCUGAGGAGCAGCCUCCUUCACCAUGUGUGGUUGCACCUGAGGUCCUCCCUCCACCACUUCUUGCAUCUGAGCCCAAGACUGAGACACCUGAUAUGCACGGAGACCUUGAAACAGAUUCCACCCUGCAGUGGCCCAGUCAGAGCCGACAUACAGAAUCCACUUUGGAUUACAGCACGGUGGAAGUUGAGGUGGUGAAUCAGAGAGAUGUGGACUCUCUAUCACCGAGUCCAGAUUCCCAGGCACUCACUAAACAGGAGGGAAUAGAGACUAAGGAGGAAGCUGAGGAGGAGGACCUAGGAGUGGACCUGUGUCACCCUCUACUUGUGGCUGUUUUGUCUGACAAAGAGGAAUUCGCCAACGGUGGCCCGGAAGCAGAGAGGAAAACAAGAGAAGUGUUUUUGUGCAUAAAACAGGGCCUGGUGUUAGAGGUGGACGUGCAGCGAGGUAGCGAAAGAUGCCGGCUGGAGCUGGACAGCUUGACUCGGGUGGAGACCACAGAGGCCUCAUGGGCGCGUGUGUCUCAGGACACAGAACAGAUGCGUCCAGCUGUGGAACUUCAGUUUGACUACAUCAGCAGGGAUAAGAGGAGGAAACGCUACGUCUUUCUGGAUGAUGACCCACAGGAGGCACUUCAGGUUCUGACUGAUGUGCUGUCCCGCGCAGUGGAGGAAAAUCGCCGGCGUGACUCGGAGCUGUGCCCCAAAUGUGUUCGUCUGCAGUGCCUCCGUUGCAGGUUGGAGUUCACUCAACAGUUAGACGGCCGCGCAGAUGAAGCAGGAGAGAGGGCUCGGAGGAGAGGAGCUGUCACGAUACCGCAGCCUGAAGGAGAACCGGACGGUCCAGAGGCGAUAGAAAUUGAGCAUCAAAGAGGAAACUGUUAUCUGUGUCCAGAAUGUGGCAGCGACCACGUGGUGCAGCUUGCUGCCCAGACAACCCCUUACUGCAGUACGCCCCUGCACCACUCAUCAGUGCCCAACAGUGACAGUGAGCUUGAUGCAAAGCCGAGCACUUACAGUACCAAUAAGCCAAACAAGGACGACUACACAGAUGGCAGUAUUAGCAGCAGCCCUAUUCUGGCAACUCCUCUCUCUUCAGAAAAUCCUGUCUUUUUCACUGCCCUGGAAAGUCCUUUCAUCGUGGACGACCGGCCCGAUGAUACCCAUAGCAUUCCCAGCAAUGCAGAGCAGCAGAGUCAAGAGGAUCUGGCUGGAAGCUACAACUACACCACAACUGUUUCUGCACCAUCUGAUGUUCAGCCAACAGGAAGGUGCUCACUAAACGAUGAUUUGGAUCUGCUGUCUGAGGACUACGAGGCGGUGGAUCACCGGCUGAAGCUUUUCCUGGACGUGGAGGUCUUUGAAGAAGAAGAGGAGCUUCACUCUUUCAUCAAGAUGUCAGCUGUCAAGUUCGGGGAGCCGGGGGAGGUUCCUUGUCUCUUGGUGGUGUCAGACAAGCAAAUCUAUUUUCUGGAAAUGACAUGUGAGAUGCACAGAGGCCAGCUCUCCGACUGGCUGCAGAAGAGGGACAGCCACCCAAUCGUGGAGCUCAGCUACCUGGAGGUGGGGCUGGGCUCUCAGAGCAUCCACAUGCAGUUUGGCGACGAGGAGGGUGUGGCCUACACCCUCCUCGUGAGGGACAGCGCACGCUGCAAGCGCUUCUUUGGCCUGUUGACAGGAGUUGUGCGUGAGCUGGCCCACAAAUCUGACAGCAUGCUGAAGUCCAUCUCCACCUCCCGCCUCACCCCUGAGCACCACCUCUGGCAUCUAGUGUGUGAAGACAUCCAAGCAGAUGUGGAGGAUGGCCAGCUGCAGUUUUUCUACAUUCUGGCCUUCGUUCUGAAAGAUGACUUUUGGAUGCCGUUAACAGUCCUGGCAACCAGGGAGACCCUCUAUCUGCUCAAAGAAACUCACCAGUGGAGGAAGGAGGUGGAUGAAAACAGAGGAGAGAGCAGCGGCAGUGUUGACAUCAUCGAAACGCUGCCCAUCAGCUGCGUGAGCUCAGUCCACCUGUGGCCUUCGGAUCCGUGCAGGAUAGAUAUCAGGCUGUAUGACGAGACUGCGAAGCAGGAGAGGACGUGGCGCGUGCGCUCAGACAGCGGCGAGCUGCUCCAGGGUCUGCUGGCCUGGGUCAGGGCGCAGUGGGAGGCCAUGUUCGGAGUGAAACUGCACACGAGCCUGCACGACCAAGUGGGAUAAUGAGGAAGGGCAAGGUCACUGUGCCUGUGUGUUGCUUUGAACAUAAUUAUAAGUGUCGGCACUUGGAAAUGUCUAGUGAGCCUGAGCGAGUGCAUCUUUAUUUCUCUCUCUGCUCAGUCUGCUCCCAUUAUGCUCGUUGCUUUCAUCCUCUUUUGAGCCAAGAACUUGGAAAUGAUUGCACUCAUUCAUGUGGUACACAAGUCUGUAAAAACACCCCUUGCAUAAUGUUUCCCCCAGAUACCGUCCCACUGAACCUUUCUCCAGCUGAAGUGGAGUGUGCCUUGUUUAUUUUCCCAGCUGCCAUGUUUUUUUUUAAUGGAAAUGCACCUUAAAUUACUGUAGCGCCAAGCUGAUGUGGCACAGAUUAGAGUGUUUGAGGCUUUAGGUAGGAAGACACAAUGUUGGGUUUGAGGAUUUGUAAAGGAUCUGAGGCCAAGCUGGUUAAGCUGGGCAGAGUCCUUCCUCUCCACGAGACUGGGGGUGGUUCAGACAGCCAAGACUUUCAGCGCCGCCGCUGAGCGUCACGUCACACCUGUCGCUCCCCACUUAUUUCACCGUGUUGAACUUUAAAAGUAGCUCAAAUCAUUUUCUUUAGAACCAGUGGGACCAGUUUCAUUCGUUCAUCUGUACUUUGGGUAUAUUUUCAGAUUGAUUUUACUGCAACAAUACAAGCAACGUGCAAGUGAAAUCCUUUCAUACAGAGGUUGUGCACUCAGCAACAUCUGGGGCGAAACUGCAGAUUAGAUAAAAAACAUCCUUUAUUCAUUAUGGCUUAAGUCAGAGAGGCAUCUUUUAUUUUUAUAUAAAUAUGAAACUAUGUGAAUGUGUAGAAUUAAAUAUGAAAAUAAAAAAAGUCAAGAAAAGUG